UUUGAUUGAUGAUCUAUCUAUUAACUUUGUGUCUGCUCCACAUAAUUCUCUUCACUUUUCAAUCUAAGCUCCUUCAGGCGCCCCGUAGGAAAGCAAUGUCUGGAGCAGAGCAAAGCCAGAGAUGGAGCCUUAAGGGCAAGACCGCACUUGUAACCGGUGGAACCAAAGGGAUCGGGCAUGGUGUAGUAGAGGAACUUGCAGGAUUCGGGGCAGUGAUACACACUUGUGCUAGAGAUGAAUCUCAGCUUAAUGAGUGUUUGAGCAAAUGGAAAAAGAAGGGUUUUCAAGUCACUGGUUCGGUCUGUGACGUAACUUUGAGAAUAGAGAGAGAGAACUUGAUGCAGACUGUGUCUUCAAUGUUUGGUGGCAAGCUCGAUAUACUCAUAAACAACGUGGGAUCGAUUCGGGCAAAGCCGACGGUAGAUUUCACAGCAGAGGAUUUCUCGUUUCAUAUUUCGACCAACUUAGAAUCUGCUUUCCAUCUGAGCCAGCUUGCGCAUCCUCUGCUUAAGACUUCAGGAAGUGGGAACAUUGUGUUCAUGUCUUCUGUUGCUGGAGUUUUAUCGUUUACUGUUAGCUCCAUCUACUCUGCAACAAAAGGGGCGAUGAAUCAGCUAGCGAGGAAUCUGGCAUGCGAGUGGGCUAGUGAUGGCAUUAGGGCUAAUGCUGUGGCUCCUGGAGUCAUUGCAACUCCUCUAGCUGGAGCUGUGUAUGAUGAUGAGUUCAAGAAGGUGAUAAUAUCUAGAAAGCCGUUAGGCCGUUUCGGAGAACCGGAAGAAGUAGCCUCGCUCGUAGCUUUUCUAUGUAUGCCUGCAGCUUCUUACAUAACUGGUCAGACCAUUUGUGUAGAUGGAGGUAUCUCUGUCAAUGGCUUCUCGUAUCAGCCACAAGGUUAAAUCCAAUGUCCCAAAAACAAAUAAAACUCGAACUUAAACGCAUCUAAACCAAUGGUCAACAGUGAUGCAGACGAGAAUGAUCACAAUUUAUAUAAGUAAAAUCAAAAGUGUUAUUUUGUCCUCCCAUCCAAAAUAAUACGGUUUUAUCCUAUCAUAAAAUUCACGCCUUCUCUGAGUUCUCUCA